CUGCAGGUAAGUCACAGCUCCAGGUAAGUCCUCCUCUCACCAACGGCUCCCCGGGCCCCUCUAGUUAUAACUAAAUAGCUCGACAAAUCGGGUGGAUGAAUAAUUCUGUACCUUCCAGCGUCAUCCUCCCUUAGUCUGAUGAAGGGGCUCGACCCGAAAAGUCACCCAUUCCUUCUCUCUAGAGAUGCUGCCUGUCCCGCUGAGUUACUCCAGCAUUUUGAGUCUAUCUUUAACAUAUCUGCGGUGUCAGCAGUGGUGAUUUUGCAAGUAUUCAAUUUCAUCUCUUGUCGGACGGAUGAGAGAGGGGGGACAAUUUAAAUCCUAAAGAGAUAAUGACUCGUCUUUAAUUGGACUAGUGUGCUUUGUGUGUGUGUGAGUGAGCGACCUCCACCAGACUUGCUUCAACAGGUAAGAGGCGUCGAAUUUUGCGAAGAUUCGCGAAUUUCACUGUAAAUCCAGAAAUAGUUUUUUCCUUUAACAAAAUAAAUAUCAGCUUCGCCUUCUAAAAAUCAAAUCGUUAAUCUUGUAGAAACAAAGAACCGCAGGUGCAGGUUAAUGCAGGACCCAAGCGCUAGAGUACCUCGUGUAGGAAGGAACUGCAGAUGCUGGUUUACACCGUAAAUAGAGUCUGGACCCCAUUCCUUCCACCCAGAGAUCCCGCGGAGUUAGCUGGAGUUUGUGUAUUCUCCGCUGCCAGGGAGACUCAGCAGACGUUUCGGAUCGAAUCCCUUCUUCAGACUCCCUUUCGGGACCAGACCCUUCUUCAGACUGCGUUUAUAUUAAUUCAUUUUGUUUAAAAUUCAUUUAAGUAUCUAAUUUCUGCCGAUAAAUGUAUCACCACUUUGUGUAAAAAAAAAAGCCAAGCCAAACACUUGCUCGUUGAGCGUGAUGUUAUCUGCAAAAAAAAAACGGCUUGAAACGCUGUAAACAAAUUAGAAUUAGAUUAAUUACAUCAGAUUUAAAAUGAGCCAUUGAAAAUCGAGAUUUUUUUUGUGAAGUAAAUGUGAAAAUUGACCGAGUUAAUAGAAAGGCAGGUUUGAAUUAGUUCUAAGAGCGAUUAUUUUCAAUCUAAACACCAAACACAGGGACUAUUUUUUAAUAUUACCUCGCCUGCAUAUGGAAAGUUGCUCCCAGGCUGGGAAGGUGUGAGCGGUUGGUUUGUUGAUGUAAAUUUGGUCUGGGGAAGAAAAUGCAAAUUUUGACAAUGGGCACUGCCGUAAGUAAUGUUGAAAAUGUGAUUCUUACAGCGACACUGAACAGAAUGUUUGGCUUUCCAGAGUGACUUUGGGAAUCAGAGGGAAAGAAGCAAAAAAAUGUGCUAAUAUUUGUUUUAAAAUAUAAAGUAUUUGGCUGAAGUUUUAUAUUAGCCACUGUACUUUUAGCAUCCCACAUUCAUAAAUUAUAGCAGCAGAAUGCAGCCAUACAGCCCAUCAAGUCUACUGAGUCUACACCGUCAGCUGAUCUAUCGUUCUCUCUCAACCCCAUUCUCUUGCCGUCUCCCCAUAACUACUGACACCCACCCUUACUAAUCAAGAAUAUUAUUCUAUCAUUUAUCCAAACCUUGAUAUACUGAAUCUUAUUGUCUGCUGUUUUACUGCAUUCUGCUCAUUUGCCUCAUGAUACAGUGAGUUUUGCUGUACAAAUUACAGUUGAUCCCAGAAUUUUUGAAUUACCAUGGCACAGAAAGACCUUUGCAACCUAUCCAACUACUAGUGGUCUAAGUCCCCUACUGUUGUUUGGCAUGGAUAUAGGCCCUUCAACUCUAUGGAUGCCCACCAAGUUAGCUGACCAUGGUAGUCUCACUUGGUGUAUCUCUCCAAACCUUUCCCUGGGGCAACAGCCCCCAGGCCGACCAUUCCUAUCCACGUUCCUGACCAAGUGUAUAUUAAAUGUUGUAGUUGUACCCGUCUCUACCACUUCCUCUGGCAGCUCGUCUCAAAUACGCACCACCCGCUAUGUGGAAAAAGUUGCCAAUCAAGUCCCUUUAAAAAAAAAUCCCCUCUUGCCUUAAACCCAUGUCCUAUGGUUCUUCCCUAGAGCCACCAGGCUAUUAAAUACAGCAACAAAUAAGCUCUGAACUACAACAGACUUAUUAUUAUUGCACUGUAUUUGUUUAUUUAUUACGUGUAUAUACACACUGAACUAUUUUUCUCCCGCCAUGUACAAUGUUUACAUAUUCUGUUGUGCUGCAGGAAGCAAGAAUGUCAUUGUCCUAUCUGGGACAUAUGACAAUAAAACACUCUUGACUCUAGUUUAGUUUACCUGGCCUUGCCUUCUAACUCAAACCCUCCAAACCUGGUAACAUCCUUGUAAAUCUUUUUUACACACUUUCCUGUUUAAUGACAUCCUUCCUGCAGCACGUUGACCAGAACUGUACACAGUUCAGUUCACACCAUGGCUGAUCUACUACAUUGAUCAUCAAUCCCAAAUCUAUUCACUUCUUCAUAUUAUCCCAAAAUCUAUUAACCCAUCUUAAAACAAGUCAGUGAAGGGCCAGUCCCACUUGGCCGUCAAUAGUGCCACGCAGGUGACGCGCGAAGAUUUUGUACAUCCCAAAAUCCAGGGGUGCCGCGCGCAACCGGGCGUCACUGCCUAUGUCACCACGCACCAUGCGCGCAUCAUGUGCGUGUCACGACGCGCGAGUGACACGUUGUAUCGUGUAAAUGAUGUCACGUAAAUUACGCACAAGUGACGGCCAAGUGGGACAAGCCCUUGACUAACCCCCUGUUAGUUCUAUUUGUGGGAAAACAUUUUUUAUCAACAUCUUGAAUGGUAAAAUACUUAUUGACUUUAGUUAGAUAGGCACAAAAUGCUGGAGCAACUCAACGGGACCAACAACAUUUCUGGAGAGAAGGAAUGAGUGACGUUUCUGGUUGAGACCCUUCUUCAGUUUGAGAAUCAGGGGAGGGAGUCGAGAGAUAUAAAAACGACAGAUCUCUAAACUACACUAAACCCAGCCAUCCUUGACUAAAUGAUUCACGUCAGUGGGUAAAGUGGAGGCUAUUAAACCUCUUGUGUCAUCUCAAAAUUUUGUCCUCCUGACCGCAAACAACUGGUCUUUAUUUAAUAUUCAUUGAGAUCCUGACCUAACAAGUGUCUCUCGUUCUUCUUGGAAGGUUUUAAUUGGCACAUCGUUUGCAGACUUAGAAUACAUUCCUGGCCCUUGGGGUGAGAAACAAGCUUGUUGAAUUCAUUCCCAUGUGGUUUUGUUCUUAUCCUCUGAACAUAAGAAUCUGCCACGCCCCUUCCGGAGGGACUAUAAAACCUGGAAGUGUUAAGUGCCUCAGUCAGUCUCCGCAAGAUGGGGAAGCGAGAGGGUCACAUCUCUGUCUGAGCUGUGAAUAACACUGAACACAUGUCUACUAAGCUAUCGUAAGGAGGACAGAUUAAUAGAUGAAGUUAAAAUUGACAUAUGCCAUCUCAGUCGUUCGUUGUACGAUCAUGAAACUGAUCUCCCAGUGGAAGCAGAUUCUUUUUCUCCUCCAGUUCGGUAUUAUUUGUUGGCUAAUAUAUUUACAAUCUGAUUCUAACAAAACCAUCAAUUUGCAGUUCUUCUACGAGGCAAAUCCGGUCUCCAAGAGGAUCCCUAACUUCACCUUAACUCCACCUUUGAAAUGUGAAGGUGAAGAUCAUUUUCUAGUUAUACUGGUCGCGACGAGACCGAAUGAAGUCGAAGCGCGGCGGGCGAUCAGAGUUACAUGGGGACAAAAACGGACGUGGCUGGGCAAAAAUGUCCUGACUCUGUUUCUGAUCGGAAAAGAUGAUGAGCACUGGAAUCAAUCAAUAGAAGAAGAGUAUGCCCAGUACGGAGAUAUAAUCAGCCAGAAUUUCAUAGAAUCUUAUAAUAACCUGACCUUUAAGACGAUAAUGGGAUUUCAGUGGAUUUCAGAAUUUUGCCCCAAUGCUGAAUAUGUGAUGAAAGUUGAUUCGGAUGUAUUUGUAAAUGUGAAGUAUUUAGUCCAUUUCCUGCUAAAGACGAGCAAGAUUAUUUCCGAGUUUUUCACGGGCUUUCCCUUCAUCAACACUAAACCGCACCGAUGGUUCGUUGCAAAAGCGUACAUUUCUACAACAGACUACCCUUUCAAUGUGUAUCCUCCGUACUGCAGUGGACUUGGUUACGUCUUCUCUGGGGAGUUGAGUUUAAAGAUUUAUGAGAUGAUGCGCCACGUGAAACCAGUCAAGUUUGAGGAUGUCUUUGUUGGAAUUUGUUUGAAGCUGUUAGGUGUGAAACUACAUAUACCGGAUAAAGGGUUGUUCUUCAUACAAAAGCCAAAGUUUGACAAGUGUCUGUACAGCAGGUUAAUUGCAGUACAUGGCGUCUCUCCAUGGCAGUUGACGAAAUAUUGGGAGGAUCUCCGAGGCUUGGAGAUCAGUUCCUGUUGAACGAUGUGUCGAAAAUAUAUGUCUGAAAUGUUAUGUUACAUUGCCUUCUGUCUCUUUGGUUGUAAUUUGACUGGAACAGCUGUGCAGUGCAAUCUCUCAUUACAUUAGCAGGUUUAAUCCAGGUUGUCUUAAUGCCAGAACCAAGGAACUUCAGUUUUAUUUUUACACAGAGAGUGGUGGAAUGACUGCCGGGGGUGGUAGUGGAGACGGGUACUAUAGUGGUAUUUAAGAUACUUUAAGAUAGAAACAUGGAUAUGCAGGGAAUGGAGGACAGAUCUCAUACAGGCUGAGGAGAUCCGUUUAACUAGGCACUAUGUUCGGUAUGGACUUUAUAGGCCAAUGGCUGGACUGUUCUACAUUCUAUGACUGAACGUUGUUUUUAAGUAAUUCUCAAUGACGGGAGAGCUGAAUACAUUAAUUAGCAAUGCCGCCAGAAAGGUGCUAUGUCGUAAGCAUUCCAGGUAUCUGUAGCGUUCAUCUAUACUUCUCCAUGUGACCAAACAGCUGACAAAACGUAAAUCACUUUAAUAUUUAAGUGGCAAUUAUGUCUUAAAAUGUAUAUUUGGCUCGGUGCAUGCACAACAAUGCGAGGUGGCAUUAUGCACGGAUGUCUUUCGAACGCUCUAGAUAUUGAUUUCUGAACACAGGAAGGCCUGAGCAAUGAAAUAUCUAACAUCGUUAAAAAGUGCAACCUCUUCACCCUCGAGUUCACAAAACAACACUGAGGUCAGAUUAGGCUGUGUCCUCUGAUGUACAUAACAAGGCAGUCAAGCCUAGUCAACACUAGAACACACACUGAAAUCAACGGCCUCUGAGGAAUCAAAGCAAGUUCAUUACAUCAGGAGCUUAAGCUCACAGUUUGUGGUGCUCACUGAUAACUCUGUUAUAAAUCAUCCCUUUAUGCCUCCUUUUAAAUGGCACCAGGCUGACUCCAACACUGAGCAGCACCAGGUAAGAUGUUGCACCAGGUAAGAUGUUGCACCAGGUAAGAUGUUGCUGAAAUCCAUGAAACUUGCAAGAUAGACGUCGAGUUAAAAAAAAAGCUUUUUAGUUUAGUUUUGAGAUACAGAACGGAAAGAGGCCCUUCGCCCCGCCAUGUCUAUGCCCGACCCCAGGUGGAUCUCAGGGUUGAUCACCCAUUUACACUGUGAGUUCUAGUUAAGGACGGGACGGAAUAAUGGGAAGGAGAUUGGGAAUCAUGUGACGUGGUGUCAGGACAAUACCUGGGUCCUCAGGUCAACAGGUAAAGAGAUGAUGCCUUUCAGACGCCUGAACCAAGUACCUGUUUCUAAACCCCUUCUCAGCAAUGCUGUCAUGUAUGCUACUAUUAACUCUACUUUGUUUGGUUAUUUCAUUAUAGCACUUUAGUAGGUUUUUUUGCACUACUGUUCUUUUCAAUUCUCCGCAUCAUUUUGCUGUGUUUUUUUAAUUUUUUGAUUGUUUAAUAAAAACACAUUGCAUUUAUUGCCUGCU